AAUGACAGUCUUAACAAUAUGUCAUAAGUUAGCUUUUCGUAAAAUUUAAGAAAAGGCUAUUUUUGCAAAAAUAGUGUUUUCUAAAAAAACCUUAACUUCAUAUUUUCCUUAAAAAUGUCUGUACCACCACAAGCAUUUGUAAACAAAAACAAAAAGCAUUUCUUAGGCAUUCCCGCACCGCUAGGUUAUGUCGCUGGUGUAGGAAGAGGAGCUACUGGUUUCACGACUCGAUCUGAUAUUGGUCCUGCAAGAGACGCUAACGAUGUGUCUGAUGAUCGUCAUGCACCACCAGCUGCAAAACGUAAGAAAACAGAAGACGAAGAUGAUGAUGAAGACUUAAAUGAUUCUAACUAUGAUGAGUUCUCAGGAUAUAGUGGAUCUCUGUUUUCUAAGGAUCCUUAUGACAAAGACGAUGCAGAGGCAGAUGCAAUCUAUGAGUCCAUUGACAAGAGGAUGGAUGAGAAGAGGAAGGAGUAUAGAGAAAAAAGACUUAAAGAAGACUUGGAAAGAUAUCGACAGGAGAGGCCAAAAAUUCAACAGCAAUUCUCUGACUUGAAACGUGAACUAAAAACAGUUUCUGAAGAUGAAUGGGCGGCGAUCCCCGAAGUAGGCGAUGCUCGUAAUAGGAAACAGCGCAACCCUCGCGCCGAGAAGUUUACGCCGUUACCAGACAGCGUCUUGUCUAGGAACUUGGGUGGAGAAUCGUCGUCUUCAAUCGAUCCAGGGUCAGGACUAGCGUCUAUGAUGCCUGGUGUUGUGACUCCAGGGAUGUUGACACCAUCAGGUGACCUUGAUUUAAGAAAGAUCGGUCAAGCCAGAAAUACGCUUAUGACAGUAAAACUCUCACAAGUGUCAGACUCUGUGACAGGUCAAACGGUAGUUGACCCCAAAGGCUAUCUGACGGAUUUACAGUCAAUGAUACCAACUUAUGGUGGUGAUAUUAAUGACAUCAAGAAAGCUAGACUGUUAUUGAAAUCUGUACGUGAGACAAAUCCUAAUCAUCCACCCGCUUGGAUUGCGAGUGCUCGACUAGAGGAAGUAACAGGUAAAGUACAGACAGCACGUAAUCUCAUAAUGAAGGGAUGUGAAGUCAAUCCGAGCAGUGAAGAGCUAUGGCUAGAGGCAGCUCGCUUGCAACCAAUAGACACGGCUCGUGCGGUCAUAGCUCACGCUGCGAGGAACCUGCCUCACAGUGUCAGGAUUUGGGUCAAAGCGGCUGACUUAGAACAAGAGGCAAAGGCGAAACGUCGUGUGUUCCGCAAAGCCUUAGAGCACAUUCCGAAUUCGGUGCGUCUGUGGAAGGCGGCCGUCGAACUCGAGAAUCCGGAAGACGCCCGGAUCCUGCUGUCUCGCGCCGUGGAGUGCUGUCCCACCAGCGUCGAGCUGUGGCUGGCUCUGGCGAGACUGGAGAGCUACGAGAACGCAAGGAAGGUGCUGAACAAGGCAAGAGAGAACAUCCCUACAGACCGACAGAUCUGGGUCACGGCGGCUAAACUCGAAGAAGCGCACGGCAACACUCACAUGGUAGAAAAAAUUAUUGAUCGUGCGAUAACGUCGCUGAGCGCCAACGGGGUUGAGAUCAACCGCGAACAUUGGUUUAAAGAAGCCAUAGAAGCUGAAAAGUCUGGAGCUGUUUCAACUUGCCAGGCAAUCAUUCGUGCGGUCAUCGGUCACGGAAUUGAACCCGAAGAUCAGAAGCACACUUGGAUGGAAGACGCUGAAGCUUGCGCCACUGAGGGUGCGUUCGAGUGCGCCCGCGCCGUGUACGGGUACGCGCUGUCCGUGUUCCCGUCCAAGAAGUCCAUCUGGCUUCGCGCCGCCUACCUGGAGAAGCAGCACGGGACUCGCGCCAGCCUCGAGACGCUGCUGCAGCGGGCCGUCGCGCACUGCCCCAAGUCGGAGGUGCUGUGGCUCAUGGGCGCCAAGUCCAAGUGGCUCGCAGGCGACGUACCGGCGGCUCGGGGUAUCCUGUCGCUGGCCUUCCAGGCCAAUCCCAACUCUGAAGAGAUCUGGUUGGCCGCCGUCAAACUGGAGAGCGAGAACAAAGAGUACGACAGAGCGAGACGGCUGCUGGCUAAAGCUAGGGCUUCAGCUCCCACACCGAGAGUGAUGAUCAAAUCAGCGAAACUAGAAUGGGCAUUGAACAAUCUGGACGUAGCCAUAAAGUUACUGGACGAAGCGAUCAAAGUGUUCGGGGACUACGCAAAGCUUCACAUGAUGAAGGGACAGAUUGAGGAACAAAUGGCCAAGGACGAAGACGCUCACAACACAUAUAGUCAAGGGUUGAAAAAAUGUCCAACGAGCGUCCCCAUGUGGAUCUUGCUGUCGAGACUGGAAGAAAAACUGAAACACGUGACCAAAGCGAGGUCCGUGCUGGAGAAAGCCAGGCUCCGGAAUCCUAAAAAUGCCGAACUGUGGUUAGAAAGUGUGCGAUUGGAAAGACGAAACGGAAGCCCGGAAAUAGCUAAUGCCGUUAUGGCGAAAGCUCUUCAAGAGUGCCCAUCUGCCGGUCGACUGUGGGCGGAUGCUAUCUUCAUGGAAUCGAGACCGCAGAGGAAGACUAAAAGUGUUGAUGCGUUGAAGAAAUGCGAACACGACGCCCACGUGCUGCUGGCUGUCUCACAGUUGUUCUGGACGGAGAGGAAACUAAACAAAUGCAGGGAAUGGUUCAAUAGGACGGUAAAAAUCGAUCCCGACUUGGGGGACGCUUGGGCGUAUUUCUAUAAAUUCGAGUUACUUCACGGCAACGAACAGCAACAGGAGGACGUGAAGUCGCGUUGUCGGGCCGCCGAGCCGCACCACGGCGAGUACUGGUGCAAGGUUUCUAAGGACAUCGUUAACUGGUGUUUCAGCACCGAUCAGAUACUGCUUCUCGUCGCUAAAAACCUGCCAGUUCCUUCUUAAAGACUUUAAAUCCUUAAAUACGUUUAGUUUUAUGUAUGUUAGCAUGUAACGGAAUCUUUGAACUUACUGGUGGUAGGACCUCUUGUUAGUCCGCACGGGUACGACCACCCUGCCUAUUUCUGCCGUGAAGCAGUAAUGCGAUUCGGCUUGAAGGGUGGGGCAGCCGUUGUAACUAUACUGAGACCUUAGAACUCAUGUCUCAAGGUGGGUAGCGCAUUUACGUUAUGGAUGUCUAUGGGCUCCAGUAACCACUUGACACCAGGUGGGCUGUGAUCGCGUCCAUCUACGCAAUAAAAAAAUAAAAAAAACAUGAUUUUGACCCCCUUCAAAACGUCGGAUUAACUCGAAAUUUGGUAUACUUAUUAAGGACCGAUGCAAAUUCAAUAUUUAAAAAUAUAUAUUGAAAAAAUUGAAAUUCAACUAAAAAAUGAAAAAUAAAUAAUGGUAAAAAAAACUAACAAAAUACGCUUUUAUAGAAAAUCGAACCAAAAAAAUAGAAAAUAAAUUUAAAUUAAAAAUAGUCUAAAAAAAAAGAUUUUAUUGUAAAAAAAAAAGCGCAGAGGUAAAGGUAUCAGUAAGUAUUUAUAAAUAUUUUAUGAACAGAUAUGAGUAGAAGGGUUAUUUUGAUAAUAUCCUGAAAAGCACCCCACGCUUAUCUUCUAUUUUUUAGUUGGAUUUUCUAUAAAAGCGUAUAUAUUUUGUUUUUUUAAACUUUUUUUUUAAUUACUAAAUAUACUAUAUUUCAAGGCAACGUUGAGGAUUUUAAUAAAAUAAAUAUGUAUUUUUUUUUGUAUUUACGCAAAUAUUCUGCAUCAAUCUAGCCUAACAUAGUUAUCUGGCUAGAACAUCGGUUACCUUGUUGUUCUAAUACUUAAUGACCCUGUGUAAUUUACAGGGUCCGGUUAAUUUCUUUGUUAAUGAUAUUUAGUAUUUAUAUUCGUAUGGUAUGUAUGUGUUACGCAUAAUAAAAAAAAUUAAUACAUCUACUGGUUAGAUGUGUCAAAACCUACACGAAGAGUGUUUUUGAAUUCAUUCGACUACAUGUAUAUACAAGCGUGUUUUGCUGAUUAAAAAAAAAUAAACAACUGCGUUCUUGUCUCAAAUAUAUUGUGAUUUACGGAGCUUUGUACCGCUUUGUACUUAGCUUGGUAUGUAAGGUUUGUUUUUUCCAUCCAGUCGAUACAUGUUGUGAUGUCUAUGAGAUCCUAUAUCCCCUUCACGGCAGGAGGAUGUGUCGUCUAUUUUUUAGCCACUCCGAAAAAGUCGUUUUUAAAGUAAAUUGUUCAUAACUCGAAUCAUUUAUUUUACGCUAUGAGUUUUAAGCUAUGAAACGCAAACUCCCUCGUAAUUGUUUUCGAAACAAGCUAAUUUAUAACUAAACUCUUUAUCGGACGGUUUAAAAUUAUUCUGCAAUUCUUAAUUAUAUUCAAAUCCAUUUUCAAUAAGUCAUCUUAACCUUCCCACCAUCACCCUACAAUUUGCUCCUCCUUUUUUGAAUUUAUAAUUUGUAAAAUCUUAAUGCGAUAAAAAGUUUAUAAAGCUAGGAAUUUCUAAGCUGUCAAUACUGUUGAAAAAUGUUUCUGUGUAUGUAAUAUCUAAGAUUUUAUGAAUGCCACCAACUUUGACCUAUUUGGUACUUUUAAAUAAAGAAUAUCGAAUUUAGAAAUUAGUAAAAUGGGAACCUUAAGGGUUUUUAUCUCUUUUCUUCUUCUAAAUGUGAUGUAUGAAAUUAAAUAGUGCCACAGAGUAUCAUUACUAGUGAGGUAGAAGAAGUUUUAAACUAAUUUUACGUAUUAUCUAUUAAAUAAACUAUUACUUACUAUAGUUCGUUAAUGGUAUUAAGAGUUGUAACGUAAUUAAAUAUUGUGUAGUAUUACACAUGAUCUAGUUUAAGCUUGUAAAUUUGCAUGUUUUUUUUCUGAAAUAUAUGCAUUGAACGAAA